UAGGAAAAAAUAAAGUUGUAGACCAAUUGUUAAAAACAUUCAAUUGUAUAUCCAACACAAAAUUUAAGAUAGCCCCACAUUCUGUCGUGUAUCUUAUAUUGAAGUGCUGUGUUUACAAUAGGUAGUAUGUGCAUCCUCUUGAUGUGUAUAAACUUGACGCGACGUAAUUAAUUAUGAAAUAAUAAGUUAAAUAAUUUGCUUGUAUAUGCAUAUACUUCGUAAUUUAGAGAUGACGUUUUACGAGAUCUAUGAAAUAUAUAAUUGUUUUUUUUUUCUCAAUUCAACUCUUUAUGCAUAUAACAGACCUUUUACUGGGUGCCUAAAUAUUGUUUCAAUUUUGAUUAAAACUCCGUUCAGUCGAUGAUUCUUAGUAAAUAAUUCAUUAUAAGUUAAUUUCAAUUUACUCUACUUAUAUAAUGAUUAUAACCAGUAUAAAGUUCUGUAUUUACAUUUAAGUCUGCGUUUUUCUCUUUUCACUUUGAAAUGCCGAAUGUAUAAAUUAGCAAAUGCUCGAAACGAAUACGUUUGACGAUUUAUUCCAUUCAUCCCAGUUUUAUGUGCAGGACCCAAGAUAAUCGAAGUACGGACCAUAUCUCCCCGAGAAUUCAAAAAUACAGACUCUUCAAACAACUCCGAGAUGUGCACAACAAAUGCGGAUGACUUAAAUAAAUGCCAGGUUUUUACAUGCAAAUGUGGCAAGAAAUAUUCGCGGUUAUAUAGUUUACGUUGUCAUCAAUUACAGUGCGAUAACAAGAAACCACAAUUUAUAUGCAAUUUCUGCGCACAAAAGUUCUAUUGGCUGUACAAACUUAAAGAACACCUGUUUAUAUAUCACUCUUACUUGCCCUACAAAUACGAAAAGCCUACAAAGAUAUUAACUAGGAAAAAAUAAAAUUGUAUUCCGAUCAUUAAAAACAUUUAAUGUAUAUCCAAUGCAAAUAUUUUAAAUCUUUUUUUUUCUGAGAAGAUUUAUACAUUUUACCACCGCGUGCUAUAAAUUUGGCAAUAAAACUAAUAUUAAAUUUAUUUAGGCUUAGUACAUUUGGAUUUAUAGAACUAUUUGAUAAAUAUUUUUUAUUUUGAACUUUUAUAUAAUGUGCUACUCUUUUAUAAUUCUGUAUGUAUAAGCUUACAUAUAGUAUAUAUUUUUUAGUUGAGUAAAUGCUAGUGUAAUUUUGAUAUUAUAUAUUAGUAUUUUUAAUUACAGAUAUCUCUUUAUUUAUGAGGUUACGGAAUUUAUGUCGAAAAUCAAAUUUAACAUUAAAACCGUCGUUACAUACAUGUAUUUUUAAACUAAUGUAUUAUUGAUAUUAUUUUAUAUAAACGAAACAUAUUAUUUAUACAAAACUUGUUACUAAAUUUUUGACUAAAAUUAUAUAGACUUAUUUGAAAAGUGAUGACACAAAACAGUUUUUGGUUUAGUACUUUUUUAUUAUAUAAAACUAAUAUUUAAUUUAAAAAAUAAAUCAAUGCGACUAAAACAAAAAUACCGCGAUUGUGCGUGCCAAUUGUACCAAAAAUUCGUAAGUCAAAGUAGUCAUAAAUAAAGAGAUAUCGGUAUUAAGUAUAAUAUAUUAUGUAUGUAUUAAGUAUGAUAUAUUAUUUUUGUAUGAUUAAUUGUAUAACUAAAAACCAUAAAUCUUGUCAUAAUAUAUUCAUGUUAUUUGUAAUGUAAUAUAAUAAAAUUUUAUAUCUUUAUUUCUUAAACGAAUUUUUUUCUAGAUUUUCUAAUAUGUAGAUAGUUUAUAUAUAGUGCGAUUUUUCUCUACAGAAUAUUUUCUUUUUUAACUCACGAACACACAUUUUUAUAUUACAUACGACAAUAAUUGAUAGGUAUCUAAUAUCAAAUUUAUAUUGGAUACUUAUAUUCCAUGUCAGAUAAAAAAUCCUAAUUCUAACAAUUUAUCUGUAAGCAACAUGUAAAGGCAGUGAUUGUUUAUCAUAAAUGAUUUAAAAUUAGCUCUUUCAACAUCAAAAUACAUAAAAUCGCUUUUGAUGUUGCGAAACGAGAAACGUAAAUCGAGGGAACAGCUUAACGAUCGUCAAUUUUUCUUUUCAGAUUCUUCCCUGAAAUCCUGGUCUUGUUACCGAUGCAGUAAACGAUAUGUGUGGCGGGAUUCUUUGGCGAAACACCUGCGGGUCGAAUGCGGAAAAGAUCCUACCUUCGAGUGCCCGAUCUGCGGAAGAAAAUUCAAACACAAGCACCGAUGGCAGUCGCACGCCAGACUAAUUCAUCAUAUUUACGGAACGACAACAACGGAAAUUUAUAUACGUUGAAUCUGGUGAUUUGCCCGAAUUGCAACAAACCUUGCCGUUACACUCAUCUACUACACAGAGAAUGCCUAAAGGAACGUCAAUUUGCCUGUCCGAAAUGCGGUAAAGCCUUCAGACGGAAGUAUGACUUGCAAAGACACAUGAAUUCUUUAGGCAUUCCAAGAUUGAUCGUGAAGAACAUAGAGGAAUUAAUGUACGUUAAAAAGCCAAUGAUUUACAAAUGCACGAGAUGCAACGAGAAUUAUGAAUUAGAAACAUCUUUACGAAGACAUCAGAGAUUGGAGUGCGGUGUUGAAGGUGUUGAACCUAAAUACGAAUGCCUGAUAUGUGGCAAGAAGCUCAUGUAUGAAUUUAUGUUAACUCGCCACUCUUGUUUACUGGCGCAGAUGCUGAUGCAAGACGACAAUGAAUGGAGCCAAAGUGGAGCGAGUGGGUCACCAUACAAGAUUCCUAGGAGUAUCCGAAAGACGAGCACGGGCGAUGCCAAAUACGAGUGCAACAGAUGCGGGAAAACAUACAAGGCUACGACAUCUUUAAGCCGACAUAAGCGACUUGAGUGCGGCGUUAUGCCGUGCGAAAAUCUUUUCCAUAUUCCAGGCGCCCUGAUGCACGAAUUUAAACUGAACACUGAAUAUUUCGAAAAUCGUGGCCAAAUGAUGCCGCCGCAAUAUAUGUGUGGCGAGUGUGGCAAAGGAUAUAAAUGGAUGGACAAUCUGCGCCGACAUCAAAGACUAGAAUGCGGAAAACUGCCUAAGUGGCAUUGCGAAAUAUGCCAGAAAAUGUUCUACCGGCGAUACGAAUUAACAAAGCAUUUAAAUUUAAAACAUCACAUAACAUAAUCAAUUCUCUUACAAUGAAGAUUCUUUUGUAUAAAAUACAUAUUAAGUUUCUUUGUCUUGUUCAUGAUUAUUUUAUAAUUAUAAUUAUGUUAUACUUUAUAUCUUAUACACACACAUGUAUAUCUACAUAUGUGUGUGUAUAUGUGUGUGUGUAUAACAUAUAAAUUAUAAUUUUGUAUAAUUAUAUAUAUAUACAUAUAUAUAUAUAUGUAUAUAUAAUUUAUAUUUUAAAUAUGAUCUUCGUUUUAGCUUUAUCUUUCUUCUAGUAAACAUUCUUAUUAAGCCAAGUUUCACGCGUUCAACUUUUAUUUAAAAAAUAAAUUUUGUAAUAUAUGUUAACUAUACAGGGUGUCCCAGAAUGAAUAAUUUUUAUUUUACAGAGUGAAAGAAAAUAAAAUUUUAAACUAAAAGUUUCUUUAAAAAUUUUGGCUUAGACUAUUAUUUACUGAAUUAUUAAUAAAUAAAGUUGAUCAAUCAGACGGCGCGCGGCCGGCAUACGCAGCAGCGUAGCGUGCCAUGUGGCUCUACGGGCUCUCCACGCGCUUAUUACACAUUCCGUUACUUAAAGCUUUAUUUUUAUUUUUUAUAUUAAUGAAUAAUUAAAUAAAUAAACUUAAAUUAAUAAAUAAAUAAAGAAAUAAAUAACUAAGUAAACUAAUAAGUAAAUAAAUAAAAAUAAAUUAAAUUAGAAAUUAUUUCAAUUCCUUAUUAUUUUUUAUUUUUAGUUGUUAAUUAUUUAUUUGUGUACUUGUAUUUAUUUAAUUAUUUAAAAUAUUUAUUUGAUUCAAUUACUUAAUUCUCAUAGUUGACUUAACAACGAUAGACAAAAUUAACUACAGAGAGUGUGUUAUACAAAGGUAUAAAAAAAAUUGUUGAUAAAAAGUAUUAAAAUAAAUUGUUAGUAAACAAUUUGUUUAAACAAUUUUUUAAAGAAUUAUUUCAGCAUGUGUUUUUAGGGCCACAAAAACCUAAAACGUGGAACAAAUCUUAGCCGCAAUUUACGUAAAAAUGUUUUACUUUUAAAUAAAAAAAAA